AUGCAUAUGGUUCAGAGGAAAGAAAAUUCGAACAAGUAUCAGCUGUUAGGGAUGGAAACGGAGGUGGAAAAGGCUCGGAAGAAACACCCGCCCAGGAAGGAAGCGGAGGCGUUGGAGGUGAUGGUGGAAGAGACUUGGAGAAAUCAAGAAGAGAAGUGGCACCUUGACAUCAUUCUUGCAAGACAUGGUAGAUGCAAGAACAAAAAGUUCACCUUGGAGCUGCCACUCUUAGUAUAUCAAGAUGUUGACUGCUAUGCACUGAAUGAGACUGAGAAGGAUCCUGUGGAACCCGUCUAA